GCCGACGCGGCGGAGGCAAAAGCCAAUCUGCACCCCGGAAAUUUCCCAAGCCGAAAUCGCGACAGGAAGGGGAGGGAGCACGCGAGCGCAAAACCCUAGCCCGCUGCUCCGCCGGACUCCCCUCCUCCUCCUCCCUCGCUCGCCGCCCGUAUCCGCGGCGUCCGGGGCUCUCCCUCUCCGCUCCGAGGAGCGCAAGGCCUCCCGCCGCGCCGUCCGCCGACCGCCACCGCCGGGUCGCCGCCACCCAUGUCUUCUCAGGUCGACAGCCGCAGCCAAUCCGCUGGGAAGCGCGCGCGCACCGACGGCAGCCGGCGUGAGGACGACUGGGUUUGCCCCAGCUGCAAGAAUGUCAACUUUGCCUUCCGCACCACUUGCAACAUGCGGAACUGCAACCAGUCCAGGCCAGCAGAUCACACGAAGGCCAUGCAAAAGCCUAUGCAAACUCCGCCCCACUACACCACAUCAGGGGGUUACAUGGGCCCAGGGACGCCUCCGUCGAUGUACCUUGGUGGGGGUGCUCCCCCGUAUGGCACGUCCAUGUUUAAUGGACCUGCAAUGCCGCCGCGCUAUGGCAUUCCUCAGUUCCCUGGGAGUUCGGCGUAUCCAUAUGGAUAUGGUGGUCGCGUACCGAUGGGGAACCUCUACGGGCCAAUGCAAAUGGCAGGGCCACCUCCAUAUUCUGGUGGAUCUAUGAUGGGAGGUGGAAUCUAUGGAAUGCCCAUGGACAGAUAUGGCUUAAUUCCUCCUAGUCCUAGUGCAAUGGGCACAAGGGCUGGCUCAUAUUCUGAUGAAGGUUCCCAGAAGAAGCCUGCAGGAGCUGGACGUGAUAAUGAUUGGGAGUGUCCAAAUUGCCACAACAUCAACUUCGCCUUUCGCACAGUCUGUAAUAUGAGAAAGUGCAACACACCAAGACCUGAAAACCAGGGAUCUAAGCCUGAUGGUUCAAGAGGCUCAAAACCAAAGAUGCCAGAGGGCAGUUGGAAGUGCGAGCAGUGCAAUAACAUAAACUAUCCAUUCAGAACAAAAUGCAAUCGUCCUCAAUGUGGAGCAGAGAAGCCACUGCAGACAAACAAUACAAAUGAUUCAGCAACAGAUCAGGACAAUCAGUGAGUCCUAGAACAGUAAUGAGGGUCAAGAAGGUCCAGCGUCAUCGUCAAGGUUCAGUCUGAAUGUGGGGUCCAUCUGUGUCAGUAGUCACUGCUGUCGUUACAAGUUUCUUCCCCUCGAGACCUUAGUUGAGUCGGGGUCCUAAUGGUAAACACGUUGGAGUUGGCAAUGGAGUCUUGCCUUUUAUAAUCACUACAGAUUUUGGUCACGAACAUCUAUUUGUCAUGUGAAUUGGUCAUCUUGCCUUUCCUGGCUGAACUUGGUUACUUGUCUUUGUUACUGAUACUCUGGGUAAAUUGCCAUCUUUAUAUGAAAUUUCUCUAGUUGUCUGUGUCAUA